AUGUCAUCAUCUUCCUGCCGCUUUGGUAAUCAAUGCACGGAUAAAAACUGCAUGUCUAUUCAUCCGCAGCGUCAAACUCGUGGAGUAAAUCCAAAGCCGGACACGUACAUUGAAAAAUACAAAAGUCCUGAAUGUACUUUUACACAUACAAAACCAAAACGCAUUGACGAUACGAAUGAUAACGACGACGAGGGGUCAGACGAUUCCGAACAAUCAUCACGUUCAUUUUUAUCUGUCAGACAAGAUGAGCCAAUAUCACGUAUUCCGUGUUCUAACGGCUUAAAUUGUGAACGAAUAGGAUGCCCGUUCGAUCACUGCUCAAGUACUGUGCGAAUGUUAUCUCGACCACAGGAUAAAUCUGUACAUCGCGUAACAGAAUGCAGACAUGGAUCAGAAUGUACCAGAAAAGAUUGUUAUUUUAAUCAUCCAUCAAGCAGUGUACGAGCAGUGUCACGAACACGAGACGGUUCUACAACUCGAACAACAGAGUGUCGAAGGGGAUCAGCGUGUACUCGAGAACGCCCACGUAACGAGCCAGUAAGUGCACUAAAACCAACGACACUUGCGAGUGCUCUCAAACUACCAAUUGCUCGUCCAAACGUGACAGAGAAGGUGAUACGAGCUGAAAGAAAACAGAACACACACAUUCGACCAAUGACAACUGAUAGCUGGAGUCUUCGAUUGGGCACAGACGUCGAUGAUUUACUUCGAAAUCACGAUGAAUUGAUUAAAAACUGUCAGGAAAAGAGUGAAGAUCUUGAGCAAAAUCCGUUACUAGACGAGAUGAAAGCCCAACGUGAUGAGUUUUGUCGAGAAGCAAAUAAAAUCCAGGCGGAACUGAACAGUGGAAGGAACUUCGAGCAAACAAAUGCACGUUUGACGCGUGAAAUGCGCCGAUUACAAGCUCAUUUGCCUAUUUAUGCAAGACGUACAUCUAUACUGAAUGAAAUUAAGAAAAAUCAAGUGGUUGUCUUGAAGGCCGAUACAGGUUCCGGGAAAAGUACUCAGUUGAUUCAGUACAUUCACGACAGUGGUCUAGCAAAAAACGGUGAGGCACUCAUUCCCAUUUUGGAAAAAUAUGAGAUAAUAAAUAUUUUAGGUUACAUUGUAUGCACUCAGCCGAGAAAAUUGGCAUGUCGAACACUAGCAGCUCGUGUUGCAGAAGAAUAUGGUUGUCAAAUAGGCGAAGAAGUUGGAUAUCAAGUUGGAAAUAACCGAAAAUUAUUGACUUCAACAAUGAUGAGGUUUGUAACGGAUACUCUGUUUCUAAAUGAACAUAUCCGUGAUCCGCUUCUACAACAAUAUUCGAUUGUUAUUGUUGAUGAAGCACAUGAACGAAAAGUUGACACAGAUUUAGUAUUUGGAAUAAUGAAGCAAUGUUUACGACGAAGAAAAGAUUUGAAGUUAAUUGUCAUGUCAGCUACUCUGGACAUGUCACUGCUCAACACAUAUUUUUCGCCACAAUUCACUGUGAGUUUGAUCGAAGUUAGUGGGCGCACAUUUCCCAUCGAAGACGAAUAUCUUGACGAUGACCCUGAAAGUUAUGUUUUGACAGCUGUUGCCAAAGCAUUCGAGAUUCAUCAGAGUAAUCAACCGGGCGACAUCCUCGUCUUUCUCACCGGUCCCGAAGAAAUUGAUCAAGCCAUCAAUGAACUUAAACCAAAGUUGAUGAAAGAAUUCAAUCCAGCACGGGUGUUACCACUGCACGGAAAAUUAACAGAUGACAACAGUGCAAAAGUGUUCGAAAAAUGUCCGGAUGAGAGAAAAAUCAUUUUUUCGACAAAUGUUGCCGAGACAAGCGUAACAAUUGAUGGCGUUAAACACGUCAUUGAUUCGGGUAUGGUGAAAGAAAAAAUGUGGGAUGAGAAGAGGAAAAUGCAAAUACUCAAAAUUGGCUACGUUACUAAAAGCUCAGUGAAACAGCGACGAGGCAGAGCUGGUAGAACGUCAUCUGGAAAGUGCUACCAUUUGUAUACUUUGGAAACAUAUGAAUCGUUAGAAGAAUGUCCAUGUGCUGAAGUUUUAUGCACUCAACCGAGUAUGGCUGUGCUGAAACUGAAACGUUUAGGAAUCGAGAACGUUGAAACGUUCGAAUGGCUUGAAUCCCCCUCUAAGUUGAGUAUCCAAGAAGCCAUUCAGAGUCUGAAAUGGCUACAAGCACUAGAUGAGCGAACAGGAGAAUUAACUAACGUUGGUAGGCGAAUAGCCGACAUGGCCGUAAACCCAAUGUUGGCCACCAUGCUGCUCAAAGCAGAGCAAUUAGGCUGCCUGAAUCAUGCUCUCAUUCUUGGCGGAAUGUUGACUGUCACACAAAAUCUGUGGUGGCGAGGUAUCGAUGAUAAAUCAAGACAAUUAGCAACGGAAGCUCGAGCAAAGUUCAUCCAUAAACUGAGCGAUCAUUUGACACUUGUCAAUGUCUAUCUGAAAUGGAAUGCAGUUGACGACGUUGAACAACUUGAAUGGUGUAACGAGAAUUAUUUGAAUGCAAAAGCAAUG